AAAUCUUUCAAUCAAUAAAAGUACCCACUACCUACCUACAUAAAAAUUUUGUCUGCGAUUUUAGAUUUGUAUUUCAAACACAAAGUGUUUAUCAAUUUCAAAACUUGUUAAUUGCGUCACAGUGUUUGUUUAUCUAAGCAAUGAACUGCUUAUAAGUUUUUUUGUGUAUUCCUGUGUCCAAUUGUAUUCAAGAUGAGUCAAUCUCGCAUAGAAAACGUGUGUCCUACAGCCCAUCUAAGGGUUGUUCUAUCAUCAGCUGUGGAAACAUUGCCACCUACCUACAUAGAUAUCAAUAAUAUGGACAUACCUCCACCUCAGCCCGAUUUCUCUGCUCCUCCGCCAUAUGAUGUAGCUGCUAAUUCCAAGCUACCCACAUAUGAGGAGGUUCAGCGUGAGAAACAGUUGGAAGGGGAGGUCCCACAGUUAGCACCACCUGUCCACCCAGGGCUUGCAGCGUUUGUGACAGUGGAACCAAGAGAUGGCAGUGCAGAACAACUUGAUCCAGAGAACAAUCUACUGGGCACUGAUGUCAUGUUCCUCACCUCAUUCUUUGUGGCAUUUCUUUUCAACUGGAUCGGAUUCUUGCUGCUCAUGUGCUUCUGUCACACCGUGGCCAGUCGCUAUGGAGCCCUCGCUGGCUUCGGUCUGUCCCUGGCUAAGUGGACUCUCAUUGUCAAACACUCAACAGAGUUUGCCUCGCACGAGAAUUCCUGGCUGUGGUGGCUUAUCAUGGCGUUUGGUAUCCUGAUUUGCGUCCGCGCGGUCAUUCAAUACCUGAACAUUAAACGCGGCUGGCGUCUUCUCUCCGGCACGGCUCAAGAGCGACUGUUGUUCUUCUAUUAGCUUGUGUCACCUGUCUCUUUCACUCACUCAUUUAAAAGUUAAGAUUGCGAGCGAGACGGUCGCCUUUUAAUUCUAUAUGUAUGUAAAUUGUGGCAUAUUUAUGAACGAAGCUGUAAGUAACAUCAAUUUUGACAUUUUUUUAUUGCAUAUAUUUGUUAAAUUUGUUACAUUGAUGUGCUUAUCAGAGAGUGAUUGUAUUUUAAAAAGAGAUUAUGACAUAUAAAUUUAAUUUGUACUAAAAUUUAUGGACCUGAGAGUUGAACACGACAUACCAAGAUUUACUAUCGAUGCGUCACUCGGACGGUUGGCUCAGUUGGUAAGAGCUCUAAGACGGAACCCGAGAGGUGCCGGUUCGAUUUCCGCAUCGUUUAUAAAUUUUGGUACGAAUUCAAUUUCUAUGUUUAAUCCCAGAUGUGAAGAAUAUCACUUAAAAAUAACAAACUGUUUAGAUUAUGACAUUUUUAUAUUAUACAAUUUGUAUCUUUAAUUGAUUACACUCCCUUGUAUAAUUCCAUUUGGAGAGUGCAACAAACAUACCGACAUUUAUGUUUGGUGUCGGUAUCGGGCAGUUUACUGAUUUCCCGGUUUUUUAAAGAGCGUUUCGUAAUCUCCAGACAGAUUCGAAACCUGCAUCGUCCAUAAAUUUGGUUCAAUAUCAUUAUUAAAUAUUAAUCUUACUGCGGAUGAAAUAAGGGGUAUUAUUUUAAAUAUAAAAUAAACGUGAAACAUAAUUUAAUGUUGCAAACUCGUAUUUAAGAAGCAUAUUUUGGUCCAUUAUAUAAAACAAAAAACAUAACUAAGAAUCGCACAAAUUAUAAAGUACCCUCAUCUGACCAUUCAUUUAAUCAAGCGCUCAAGCUAACUUAUUACCACAAAAUUGGACCAGUUUUUUUUAUGUGAUAAUAAUGUUAACCUCCUUUUGAUGGGCGCACUUUUGAUGAACAUUAUGAAACAAUUAAAAAACGCUAAACAAAUUUGAUAAAGACAUCAAUGUAAGACUUGUAUAAUUUUGUGUAAAUAAUGCUAUUAGGUUAUAUUUGUAUUCUGUAUAUUAUUAUUAAUGGGAUUAGUGUUAACUUUUAUGUUAGUUUAAAUGUAGAUUUAUAUUUAAUAAAUCAAUUAAAUAUUAUCCUAUA